AUGGAAUUGAGACGAUUAAGGAGAUGGGCAGAAGAAAAGGAGCGAAGCUUCUGUUCACACAGAGUCACCGACGACGACGUCACAGCUUGUUUAGCAUCCGUCAACGAGAAGUGGACCGGAAGUGACGUAUUGUACGAGCUGUCAGCCACAUCUGCCACUUGUAAAAUAAUGCAAAGGCAUUCCAGUGACGUCUGUUUCUCGCAAAACUUAUCCAAUAAUAUCUCUCGCUUUCAUUUUUCUCUCUCUCAUUCUCAUUCUAUCUAUCGAUCUAUCUAUCUCUAUAGUUCUUUAUAUUUCUUAAAUUCUAUUCAUAUCUCUUUCUCUUUUCAAUUUCUUAGACAUUAUUCAACUCUCUAUUUUCAAUCCUACUUAUUCCUUCAUUCUCUCUUGCUCUCAUUUCUUCUUUCUUAUCAUAUCAACCACUCUCUUUCUUUCUGCCUUCCUCCUCCUCCUCCUCUUCUUCUUCUUCUUCUUCUUCUUCUUCUAUUUUCAUUUUUUUCCUUCGCACCAAUUCAGAUUUUAUUUACUACUAAUUCUUGUGAAUUUCCCUCGUUCUUUCUUUCUUUCUUUCUUUCUUUCAUUUUUCUUUCUCUUAUCUUUCUUUUUCAGUUUAAUCUUUCCGACUUCUUUCUUUCAUUUUCUUUCUUUUUUCUUUCUUCCUUUUUUAUAUUUCUUUCUAUCGUUCUUCCCUUUUUACAUUUUACUUCUAACACGUUUUUCUUUAUUUCUGGUUUUUUCUACACCCCCCACUUUUCCUCCAGCAUUUAUUUGUUUUUCCUUUUAAUCUCUUCAAUUUCUUUCUUUCUUUCUUUUUUUCAGUUUAAUCAUCUCCGAUUUCUUUUCUUUUUUCUUUCAUCUUCUUUUACUUUUUACGACUAA